AUGGCCACGUCUAGAACAACGUUCACCGACCAGAAGGACACCUUCGAGGCGGCGCUCAACAGCUUUUUCUCUGGCAAGCCGGAGGAGACCGAGGCCGACCUAACGCGCUUAGUGCACCCGUCGUUCCGUUUGACGGCCGAGUUCGAGGACCUUGAUUUCCCGGGUUUCGUCAAGCACAUCACCUGGCUGCGCGAGAAUCUGCCCGCCAACGCCGUGUCGCUGACCAUUACGCAGUUUCUGGUCGACGGCAAGCAGCGCGCCGACCGCCAUAGCUCGACGACCAAGAUGCCGGACGGCAAUGUGCGCGGCGCCGAGACGUACCUGUUUGCCGAGGUCGCCGACGACGGACGACUUCUCUGGGUAAAGGAGAAUGUGUUGCGGCUCGGCAUUCAGCAGCCGGACGGCACGUUUAUUAAGGACGACGUGGUGCCCAAGACGGGGGAGGCAGAGAAGAAGGAGACGUAG